AUGGCGAAUCUCCCCGCCCACGCUUCACCCGAACUCCCCCCGCACCGUCUUCCCCUAGCCAGCCGACCAGAUGGUCUGGCAGAAGAUAUUGGCCAUGGAAGUGGUACUGCGACAGGUGAACAGACCCCGGCACUUCCGGACUCCCUGUUAUCGCCUGCAUUCACCCCGCCUUCAACUCCGGGCGGCACAUUGAACCUUGACUUGAAUCCGACACAAGCCCUUCAUGAAAGCCAAGCAGCGAGUAUCCGACACCAGAGCGAGCAUAAAAAGGCACCUAAGCUCCUUGAACAACUACCGCAGGUCGAAUGUAUAGUGCGGGCCCGAAUUCCGACCACCAACGGUGCCGAGAUGUUCCUCCACCUUUACCACAACGACAUUGAUAAUAAAGAGCAUUUAGCCAUUGUAUUCGGUUGCAACAUUCGCAGUCGGAGCCUAGACCGUGUUCACCCGGGGGAGACUGAAAUGGACCGCAUGAUCCGUGGCGCAUAUGUGGGCAAGUUGCACCCCGGGAGAGUCAGCAGCUGGUACGACGACGAGAAGAACGGCGGAUCGAAGGAAGACUCAACACAGCGCAUUGAGCCGCCGCUAGUACGAAUUCAUUCAGAAUGUUAUACAGGAGAGACGGCCUGGUCGGCUCGGUGUGAUUGUGGCGAGCAAUUGGACGAAGCUGCUCGGUUGAUGUCGUUCCCUGUUCAGGAUCUGGCUUCCGAUGCCCCGCCAGAGACGCAGUCGCUGCGAUCGCACUCCGCCGGUGGUGUAAUCAUCUAUCUACGACAGGAGGGCCGAGGAAUCGGCCUGGGGGAGAAGUUGAAAGCAUAUAAUCUUCAAGAUCUCGGGUCGGAUACAGUGGAAGCAAACCUCCUGUUGCGGCAUCCAGCAGAUGCGCGAAGCUACGGGUUGGCUACCGCCAUGCUUAUGGACCUUGGCUGUGGUGCAGAUGUCAACCCGGAUGGUGUCCGUUUGCUUACAAACAACCCCGAUAAAGUCCGGGCCAUUGAAGGCCCCAACCGAGAAGUAUUGGUCAAAGAACGGAUUCCCAUGAUCCCCUUAUCCUGGCGAACCGGCGGUGAGCGCGGGAUUAAGAGCUCGGAGAUUGAAGGCUACCUCAAGACUAAGGUUAGUGCCAAAAGCCCACAGUUUCAGGGGUUGGAGAUCGCUAACCUGAUAUUGCAGAUCUCAAAAAUGGGCCAUAUGAUUCAAUGA